AUGUCGGUGUUGAAGCCGCUGGACAAACUGCCUGCGCUGAACAAGGCCACCAUCCUGCUGGUGAGCACGGAGGACGCCGUUCUUCAGCAGUUGGCGGAGUCCAUGCUCCGGGAGGACUGCGCAUCCCAGCUGCUGGUGCACCUGGCCACCUCUCUCCCCCUGCCCUCCAAUGUGACUCGACCCCGGAUUGACCUGAUUGUGUUCGUGGUGAACCUUCACAGCAAAUACAGCCUGCAGAACGUCAUGGAGUCUCUGCGCCACGUGGACGCCAGCUUCUUCCUGGGGAAGGUGUGCUUCCUGGCCACGGGAGCUGGACAGGAGAGUCACUGCAGCAUCCACCGCAACACCAUCCUGAAGCUGGCCCACACCUACCGCAGCCCCCUGCUCUUCUGUGACUUGAAGUCAGAAGACUUCAAGGUCGCCAUCGCUCAGCGCCUGCUGCGGAUGCUACAGAUCUGUGCCGGCCACAUACCUGGCGUCUCUUCCCUAAACCUGCUGUCCCUGCUGCAGCGCUCAGAGACACCCACCCUGGAGGACCCACCCACCCUGGAGGACCUGUGA